GCUGCAUAUUCGAGUUCGGAUUUCUUUGAGGCUAAAAGCUUUGUUGAUAUGCUUGCGAAUAAGGCCGAUGCUCAUCGUGGUCGUUUCCUCGCCUCAGAACGCUUUUCUUCAAAACCGGGAGAGCGAAUCUUCUGGGAGUCCCCGCGAACCCUUCCACCCGACGUGAAGGUCAGCUUUGUAGAUAUCUAG